UGAGUUUUGACUUAGUCAGUUAUAAGCGCUUAUUGUGGGGGAUUGUCGAAGACACGUUUUGCAAGUUAUAAUUAAAUUUUCGCGUGUUGCUUACUUCAAUUUUUAUUAAAAAGUGUGUCGUCUUCGGUUUAAAUACUAGUUUUUUCUUUGUCUCAUGUUAAGGUAUCGAUGUGAUAAGUUGUUGUGAUGUGUAAGAUUUGCAGGUAACGGGAUCUUGUGAACUUUGUCUGAAUUUUAAGACACACCUAGAUACAGGCCGUAACCCGGAAGAAGCCGGAUGUGCAGUCAUGUAUGACUUUUGAUACUUCAUUUCUUAAACCGCGAGCAAUAUGAAGUCAACAUGGCUGCCGGUGUUCUGGACAGCUCUGAUCUGCUUACGGUGUGUCAGGGCAUCCAAGCUGCCGGUUUUCAUCAAGGAUAUGGAUAACUUGGCGCUGUCUGAGAGUCUGCCGGUCGGAGACGUGGUGUACACGCUUGAGGGGGUGACGGACCCUGAAGGACUUCCAAUAAAAUAUGGUUUAGUUGGCACGGACAAGUUUGCUGUGAAUUCAGAUACGGGGAAUGUGACUCUUAUACAGCCUUUGGACAGAGAGAAAGAAGACACAAUAAAAUUCCUCGUGUCCCUUGAGAACAGCGACCCUGCGUCAGGUCAGACCCUGGUCCAGACUCAGUCCGUCACCGUCAUCAUAGUUGACGAAAAUGAUAACCCACCACUCUUCAAGAAUAGUCCCUACGAAGUUAAUGUGGCGGAGGACGAAGUUGUUGGGACGACGGUAUUGAGUAACAUAACGGUCGAGGAUACUGACUCCGUGGGCGAGGCGCUGGAAGUGGGCUGUGUGGCCAACGAACAGUGGCCAGAAGCCUGCGAUCUGUUCGAGGUGGUGAGUCUCCAUUCGACUGCGAACGAGUUCACAGGAGCUCUGGUACUGAAAAGGUCUCUGGACUACAACGAGAAGCAGUUCUACCAGUUCCAGUUACACGCCACGGACGGGACCCUCAACUCGUCAUCUCCGGUGGAGGUGAAGGUGGUGGACGUCCAGAACACCCCGCCGGUGUUCAGCGGGGCUCUGAGCGCGGCCUUACCUGAAGACGCGCCCGUCGGCAGCCUCGCCCUCGUCAUCAGGGCCAAAGAUGGAGACCGAGCACAGCCUAGAGACGUGCAGCUCGAACUGCUUACAAACCCAAUGGACUUCUUCGUACUGGACAGUAAGACCGGUGAACUGAGAACAGCUAAGCCUCUGGACAGAGAAGCCCUGGCCGAUCCGAACUCACCGCUCAAUAUUACGGUUAAAGCCACUGAGCUGGUGGACGGCAUCCCCGUGGAAUCCCCGUUGAGUGUGACCCGGGCGGCGGUGGCUAUCACCAUCCGCGAUGUCAACGACGAGCCGCCGCGGUUCAACCGCCGCGAGUACUCCGUGGAACUGCUGGAGAGCCUCGCCCGGGGCACGCCGCUGCCUCACCUGGACAUGGUCGUCACUGACACAGACCUGGGCAUGAAUUCGGUGUUUUCAUUGAGACUAGCCGAUAACCUGGGUGCGUUCGUGGUGGAACCCUCAGUGGCCACCGGCAGCGCCACCGUCACCUUAAGACUCAACUCCACCCUGGACUACGAGGAUCCCAACCAGAGAAAGUUCAUUCUGGAGGUGAUCGCGGAAGAAGUCCACACGUCUCCAGCGCUCUCGUCCAAGGCCAGUGUGACAGUGUCGGUGAAGGACGUCAAUGAUAACUCCCCGGAGUUCGCGGACGACUCCUACUCCGCCGGGGUCAGGGAGGACGCCGCUCCCGGGACCAGACUGGCCGCUAUCAGAGCCACGGACAGAGAUACGGGGAGAUUCGGUACCGAGGGUAUCGUGUACCAGCUGUCGGGUAACGGGGCGGAACUGUUCUCAGUGGAGCCGAGGAGUGGAGUCAUCAGUGUGGCGGAGUGCGCCAGCCCGGGGGUUGGACCCUGUCUGGACUACGAGACACGGAAGGAAUACUUCUUACAGUACAAGGCUACAGAUGAUGACGGUGCAGGUCAGAGCAGCGUGGUGUCUGUCCAGGUGUCGGUGAGGGACUCCAACGACAACCCUCCCGUGUUCCUGACGCCGGUGUACCGAGCCUCCAUAGACGAGGACGCCACUAAAUUCGAACCGGAACUACAGGUCCAAGCGCGCGACCUCGACCCGACGUCCGACGUGCGCUACUCCAUCGUCUCUCCUCACAACCCUCCCUUCUGGGUGGAGCCUUCUUCCGGUCGCAUCUCCGUGCUGCCCGGCAAGCUGCUAGACGCCGCGGACAACAAAUACAUACUCACUGUGAUGGCCUCUGACGGCCGCUUCAACGCGACGUGUCGCGUGGAGGUGACCGUCCGUGACGUCAACGACCACCCGCCCGUGUUCGCCACCACCACCUACGACGCCAGCGUGUCCGAGGACGCCGCCAUCGGGGCGGAAGUGGCGGCGGUCCAAGCGACAGAUCUGGACAGUGGGUUGAACGCUCAGAUCAGAUACAACAUACAGAAGGGAGCUCUGGACGCCUUCAGCAUACACCAGGACACGGGGGUCGUCAGCGUGGCCGGCGGACUCGACUACGACCGCAAGAACACCUACCACGUCCUCAUCACCGCCACCGACAUGGGUGUCCCCAGUCUGACUGGCACCACGGAGUUGACGGUUCACGUGCUGAACGUGAACGACAAGAAGCCGGUGUUCAAACCCGCGGUCCAAAGAGCCGGGGUGUCCGCAGACGCUGAGACGGGCACCCUCGUGUACCAGCUCGUGGCGGAGGACCCUGACGCCGACGAAGGCAGCUUGAGGUUCGGGCGGGGAGAUAGACCCGUCAGGGCGGUGGACGUCAACGGACAAGAGGUGGAGGACGACGGCACGAUAGCCUCGUGGUUCCUGGUGUCCCCGUCUGGCGAGGUGUUCGUGUCUCAAACCCCGGACCGCUCCCGGGCCGCGGUGGUCACGUUGCCCGUCUCCGUCACCGACCAGUCCGCGCCCGUGCCGCAGACCACUGAGGGCGAGCUCAUAAUAACCAUAGUGGACGUGAACCGUCAGCCGCCCGUGUUCUCUCAGCCGGCGUACGUGGAGCGCCUGGUGGAGGAGCAGAGCCCGGGGACGGUGCUGGCCUCCUACAGCGCCACGGACAAGGAGACGCCCAUCGCCUCCAUCGUCAUACAUCCGCCCAGCCCGUACUUCGAUAUCGACAAUGUCACCGGUGAAGUGAGGGUAGCGAGCCGUAUUGACUACGAAGCCACUCCGUCCUUGAACUUCACGCUGGUGGCGUACGACUCUGGCGUCCCUCAGCUGUCGUCGUCGGCGGCUGUGUUCGUCGAGGUGGUCAACAUUAACGACGAGAGGCCCGAGUUCAGCGCCGACCUGUAUAACGCUACGGUGGAGGAACACUCCACACCUGGGACCAGUGUGCUGAACGUGUCUGCUGUAGACCUCGAUGCAGGCGACUUCGGCAAGAUAACCUACAGUCUGUCCGGGGAAUCAGCCAGCCUGUUCACCAUCAGUCAGGAGGGAGAGAUCACAGUGGCGGAGGGAGCGGAUAUCGACAGGGAAACCACCUCAGAGCUGUGGUUCCGUGUGGUCGCCACAGAUAACGCGCCGCCACAGACUAAAAAAUCUUCCAGUGUACCGGUCCACGUCAUCAUCACGGAUAUCAACGACAACCCGCCGGUGUUCAGUCAGCGUGUGUAUAAGGGGAGCGUGUCGGAGAACGUGCCUCUGAGUCCCCCGCCCGCCCUGCUGCAGUUGAGAGCGGAGGAUCUCGACCAGGGCGAGUACGGAACCGUCACAUACAGUAUCGAGGACCAGAGUCAACCAGGAGUGUUCCGUGUGGAUCCCCAGACGGGCAUCCUGUCUCCAGUGCGGCCGGUGGUAGGCGGCGCCCUCUACCAGCUGGUGGUGGCGGCCAGUGACGGUAGCCACCGCGACACCGCUCGAGUCGACAUCACAGUACUGAGCGUCAACAAACACAGCCCCGUGUUCGUGCAGCCGCCGCCAGAUGUCAGGCGAAUCGAAAUACCCGCUCACGCGGCUCAAGCUGGCUACCUCAUAACGACCAUCCAAGCCACGGACGAGGACCCGGGGGAGAACGGCCGAGUGACGUACCAUCUCAAAGUGGACAACCAGAACGUUGGACACACCGAGGAGUUCAGUCUGGAUCCUGUGACAGGACAACUCACCACCAGGGUACCUUUGGACAUCGACAGCCAGGCGGAGUACCAGCUUAUCGUGUCUGCGUCUGACGGCGGUACUCCCAGCCAGUUCGAGGCCCUCCGCGUGCUGCAGGUGGUGGUGGUGGACGAUCAGGACCACGCGCCGGCCUUCCUUCACAGGCACUACCACUUCAGCGUCACGGAAAAUUUACCCUCCGGCGUCAUAGUGGGCACGGUGAAGGCCAUAGACAAAGAUAGAGGAGACAAUGGGAAGGUGUACUAUCAUAUACUGGAGGGGAACCAGGACGGCGCCUUCACACUCGACAGGACCCAGGGCAUCAUAAGGGCCAGCAUGAGCUUUGACAGGGAAAAACAGGACGAAUACUCCAUGACAGUAUACGCCAGCAACAAUCCCAUACUAGAGCAUGCGGCGGCCAUCUUGAAUUCCAUAGACAACAGCACGGAGAGCCAAGACGUCAGCGUCACCACCGUCAAGAUCAGAGUACUCGACGAAAAUGAUAACGAGCCUAAAUUUGAACAGAAGGUGUACUACGCGGGUGUAUCUCCAGGUGCUCGUGUUGGCGAGGUGAUAACGUCACUGGUGGCUCGUGACCCUGACCUGGGCGUGAACGGUUCCCUGCUCCUGGCGGUGGCAGCCUCUCACCUGUAUAAGUUCGGCUCCACCACCUCUAGUGGCAGCGUUGUGCCUUCACCUUUCAAUAUUACACAGGACGGUGUAUUGACGACGGCCACCCUGAUGUCCGACUACCGCCAGGACAGGUUCGUGCUGGACGUCAUCGCCCAGGAGUUGGCGCCCCCUCACCGACAGGACACCGCGCAGGUCUAUAUCUGGAUCAUCGAUCGUUCGUCGGUCCUCCGGCUGGUGGUGUCUCGUCCGUGUUCCUCAGCGGGCGCGCCUCACGCUCGCUUGUCGUCGGCGGCGCGGGCCCUGCUGGUCCCGGGGCGGAGGGCCGCGGUACACACCGCCGGGGACGGCAGAUGGUGUGAGCUCCAGCUGCACGCCGUGGACCCCGUCACCUUCCAGGUGUUGGAUGUCCGGCGUGUUCUGGAGGACAUCGACGCUCAGUACGACGCGCUCCGCCAGCUCUACCAGGAGUAUGGAGUAGAGACGCUCACAGCCGCCGCAUCAGGAGAUAAAGCUCCUGAGAGCUUCGAUCCAGCUCUUGCAGCACUUAUAGCGCUUCUGAUAGUGCUGUUCACUGGCAUCGUCACAUUCAUCGUGGUCUGCGCCUGUCUUAAACACUGGGCGACUUAUUCCAGGGUGGUGCCGCCGCCGUCGCUACAGUCCAGUAAGGGAGAUAGUCUGGCGCGGAGAAGGAUCCUAGAGGAACUCAGCACCACCGAGAACCCGCUGUGGCUGGAAACCAAGCUCAGGCCGUACGAGGAACAGGAGCUGACCAUGAACGUGUUCGGCGACACACAGGAACACUUACAGGAACAGAAUCCCGUGGUGGACAACACGUACGCCACCAUCGAGGGAGGCCGCUCCAGGUGUGAAGACUACGCCACGCUGACACCAGACCUGCGUCAGCUGGAACACGCCACCACAGCGCUGGAAGCAGCUCUAGGAUUCCAGGGCAGUACGUUCAAGCCUGAGAGAGAGACUCCCGAGCCGCCUCCUCGACCCUGAGCAGUCCAGCUGGUUCUACAGUCAUGUAAAUACCGAAUGCAUGUUGGCGGCGUGUUGUAACACAGACAGACACCCGCACUAGUCUAACUUACUACAAGUGUGUUUGGAGCCGGCCGACACGCCGACAACGUCCGUGUACUAUAAUGUGUGUAAAUAAUACUGUAAGACAAACAUUAAACUAGCAAACUGUGAACUGUCACACUUUCCAUGUUUCCUGUGACGACGGUUUCCUGACAGCGGUACAAUAUUUUUGUACUUUUCUAUUUCUUCACAUAUAUAACUCUGUGAUCGCCAUAGACUAUAAACACUAUUACCAUUAACAUUGCCAUAGUUUUAUAUUUUUGUACAAAUAUCAUGAUAUUAUUGUAAGCUGUGUAAAUAGCUUUUAAUCUAGUGAGUAACAACGAAUUAAUAAUAAAUAUAUUUUUUACAUA